AUGAGAGAACAGAGAGCGUCUGCUGAGGGGAAAGAGUCCGGAUAUAGUGGAGAGUACAAAGAGGAUCUGAGCCGUGGUCCUGCAAGACUGGAAAAUGUAUUGAAACAUAGCCUCAAUAUUUACAAUUACGUGGAGGAACAGAAAAAACAAGACAAGGAAGGAUAUGAACACAAACUUGAUAUCACACUGGCAAAUCUUGGCGAUAAGAAUGCAACAGAAAGUGCAAGACGACAACGCGACUAUGAUGCAAACGUGGAGAAACAACAUGGAAAGAGUCUCUGUGGAUUGGCGCGACAGAGGCAGCAAGGCGUAGACACAACUCCAUACAUGGCUGGCAGAGUCGUCUUCGCAAAGUGUCUGAAAGCCAAAAAUAUGAACGCAAUGGUAGUUGAGGCGGUCGCUCGAGAACUUCUCAAUGAAAGCUACAAGGCCGCAUACAAUGAAGGCAAACCUGUGUCUAUCACGUACACCAGUAUUAGGGCUCUGAUUGCAAAUGACGUUGUCAGAAGAUGGAAGGAGGAACACAAGGACAAACCACUUAGUGAAGAAGACGAAAAAGAGCUUCGAAAAACAUUCUAG